CUCUUUGUCAGUUGAUAGCCAGACCUCCGGCAGCAUGUCGAUGUUUCUUCUUGGACUCCUGCUCUUCCUCCUGCUCCAAAGGUGCUCCUCGGCGGCCACCGAUGCAGCAGCCACACCGAGUGGCAGCGGCUUCCAGCGCAUCUACCAGACCGAGCAGACCCUCCGCAAUGCCAAGGGCAAGGAGAUGUUUGGUUACCUGAAUCUCAGUGCCGAUCCCUGUACGGAUUUCUACGAGUAUGCCUGCGGUGGCUGGCAGGCGGCAGCCACACCCCAGUUGCAGCUGGAGCAGCGCACGGACGGGGAUCUACUGCGUUUGCUCGAGGAGAGCGCCCAUCGGGAGGACAGCGGUGUGGCGCGGCAGGCCAAGGAGUUCUUCAAGUCCUGUCUGGUGGCCCAGACCCAGACCCAGCAGAGCCAGCAGCAGUUCCUCAGCGAGUUAAUCCAACAGAAUGGCGGCUUUCCGGCCGUGCCCGGCUCCAAUUGGGAGGUGCAUCACCACGACUACGACUGGCUGAGGGUCCUGGGGGAUCUGCGGCACCGCUUCGGUCUGGACAUACUGAUCGGCCUGAGGAUCGGCUACAACUAUGCCAAUGUCCAUGAGAACAGUCUGUAUUUGAGCGAGCCGAGCACCGUCAUUCCCAGGGCUCUGUGCACCCACAACCGCCUGGAUAUACGCGACAUGGCCUAUGAGCCGCUGGAGCGGCGCGUGGCCUCCGAGCUGAAGGCCUGGCUGGCGCUCGACAACGAGGCAGCCGCCCGUCUGGCCGCCGACAUCGUGAGCUUCGAGCACGAGCUGUGCGGCGGCAUGCAGCAGGACUCUGAGGCGCCGUGGGAUGCCGAGCGGCAGCUAUACGCCGGAAACUGCACUCGCAAGACCCUCGCCGACUUCUCCAAGAUCUACGGCCUCAAUCUGGAGUCGUAUGUGACCGCCAGCUAUGGGCAGGUGAUCUUCAAGCCCGUCUACAUGGCCGCGCCGAAGUACUACCGCCAGCUGCAGCGCACGGUGGCCGCCCACAACGCCAGCCAAGUGGCCAACUACAUCAUGUAUCGGGCAGUGUCCGCUCUGACCUUUCCCCUGGAGGAUCGGCCGCAUUUGAGGCGCAACGAGUGCCUGGGUCGCAUCAAGCGGCACUUGCCCACGGCCUUGGGGGAGCUGUAUGCCCGCCAGUUUGCCAGCGAGGAUGCCCGCAAGGACCUGGAGGCCCUCUACGGCCAACUGCAGGACGCCCUGAAGCAGAGCCUGAGCGCCGACUGGCUCGAGGAGGGCAGUCGCCGGGUGGCACUGCGCAAGCUGGUGGAUCUGAAGCUCCAUUUGCCCCACUACGAGCGGCCGCUGGCCUACAAGCUGCAGCUGGAGCGGAACAACUACUGGUCGAAUCUCCGGCAGCUGCUGGGCGCCGUGGAGGCGCAGCAAAUGGGCCGCCUCUUCGAGGAGGAGCUGCCCGCGCCCAGUGAUCCCGUGGAGGCGUACGAGGCACGGGUGCGGUACCGCCCCGUCCAGCGGCAGAUCGACAUGGGCCUGGCCCUGCUGCAGGCCCCCUUCUACGAUACGCAUUACGGCCAGUCGCUGCGCUACGCGACGCUGGGCGUGGCUGUGGCCCGCCAGAUGGCCGCGGCCUUCGAUGAUCCACACUGGUCCCUGGACCUGCUGGAGCGCGACAGCUGGGACGGUCUGACGGCCUGGAGAUAUCACGAUCGCAGCGAGUGCUUCAGCCGCCAGGUGGAGGAGUAUCUGCACGCCAAUGCCAGUGCCACGCGCCGGCUGAUCGCCGACAGUGCCGCCCUCAAUGUGGCCUUUGGGGCGUACCUCACGUGGCUGGGCUUCCAGGAGCCGAACAACGACUUCAAUCGGCUCGCCAAGGAGACCCUGCCCGGCCUCAACUACUCCAACACGGCGCUCUUCUUUGUGGCCUACGCCCAGCAGCACUGCAGCCGCGAGGAGACGCGUCGUUGGUCGUCGGCCCAAAAGAUGCCGCAGUACAGUGCCCUGCAGGAUCACAGCUGGCCCCGAAUGGCGGUCAAUGGCCCGUUGAGGAAUCUCGAGGAGUUUGCCAGGGAGUUUCAUUGUCCCAUGGGCUCGGCCAUGAAUCCGGCCACAAAGUGCCAAAUCUACUAGGGAGUAUUUCGAGGGGAAAACGCGGCCCCAAAGAAUUGUAUCGAUAAGCGUUCGUGAGUCACUUCCGGAAUAUUGUAGAAUUUA